CUGCAUACUCUAAAUUUUCAGUGUAUUAUUUACACUUUUCCUUCUAUUUAUAUCCCGGCCCAGCACUGUGUUUUUAUUGCCUCCAACAAACAAGCUUCCAACCUUCAAAAAGGGGGAGGGUCUCAGUCUCGAGCCGGAGCAACAACAAAAACACCUGGCCUCUUUUUCUUACUUUUCUACUUUCUCCAUUUCGGUCAAGCGUCCUCCUUCUUCUCUUUCUCUCACUCUUUAUUUAAUAUUAAUUCCUCGCACACGAAAGCAGCCAAUGGCAGACACUGCUAUUUCAGCAGGCGAAUUCCCUACCCAGCAUCGGGAGCAUUUGCCUAGACAGCAGCCACAGCAGCCGCUCCGGCGUAACACGACGGCGACAAGCACGCCUACAAGCACAGCAGCAGCACCGCCUGCUGGAGGCAGCGCUCCACCGGCAAUGGUCGACACGGCAAAGUAUCGAUCAAGCGUGCGGCCACUGAGCAUGACGGUGGGCCCUCGCGACGCAGGCGGGAUGGGCAGCAUGGGCCCGCACCCAGGCGCAGGACACCUGGCGCGGGUAAAUUCAACCGGCAGCGGCGUGCGCACAGGCACAGCGUAUGACCGGCAGCAGUCGUACUUGCAGCAGCGAGCUAGCGGCACGCCUGACGAGCGGGUGUUCAACGCCAACGGGCAGCAGGCAGCAGCGGCCAAGGUUGCAGCAGCGGCAGCAGCGGGCAUUGUGCCACAUCGAGAAGUGCACUAUGCCAAUGAGUACCCGGCUGCACCCGCGGCGCCACAGCCUGUGCAUCGAAGCAGCGGCAGCAGCAGGCGCAUGGUGGGCCCGUACCAGCUGGCAAAGACCAUUGGCGCAGGCAGUAUGGGCAAGGUCAAGGUUGCGCUCGACAUUCGCACCAAUAAGCGGGUGGCCGCAAAGAUCAUCCCGCGCCAACAGCCAGACGUUCCUAUCUACUUUCCUUCUGGAUUCGACACCACAGCAGCAGACACCUCCGAGAAAGCAGUUGCAGCAUCAGUACAGGUACCACCGGGACCCGUUGACCCGGCCAUUGAGCCCUGGCGGUCGUGGCUUAUUCCUCUAGCCCUCGAGAGCCGGCCCGAUUUGGCUGAGCAGUCUGGGUACCCAGCCCGCGUCCCACGCAAGCUGCGGCUUCUGCAGCCGCGCGAGCGGUUCACCACCAAGGACCGCGAGCGGCGUGAGAACAAGGACAUUCGUAUUGUGCGCGAGGUAGCAAUCAAUCGGCUGCUGCACCACCCGAAUAUCUGUGUGCUGCACGACGUGAUAGUGCACCCAAACCACUACUACAUCUUCCAGGAGCUGGUCUCUGGGGGCCAGAUGCUGGACUACAUCAUCAGCCACGGCCGCCUGAAGGAGAAGCAUGCGCGCAAGUUUGCCCGGCAGAUUGCAUCGGCCAUCGACUAUUGCCACCGCAACUCGAUUGUGCACCGUGAUCUGAAGAUUGAGAACAUCCUGAUUUCGGCCAACGGCAACAUCAAGCUAAUCGACUUUGGUCUGUCGAACCUGUACUCGCCGCGCUCACACUUGUCGACAUUUUGCGGAUCCCUGUACUUUGCUGCGCCCGAGCUGCUCAACGCCCAACCGUACACUGGUCCAGAAGUUGAUCUGUGGUCGUUUGGUGUAGUAGCUGUACGUACUCGUAUGUGGCAAGGUGCCAUUCGACGACCAGUCGAUGCCCGCACUCCAUGCCAAAAUCAAGCGCGGCCAUGUCGAGUACCCGAGCUGGCUCAGCAGCGAGUGCAAGCACCUUUUGUCGCGGCUCCUGGUAGUCAACCCGCUGCGGCGAGCCACGAUGGGCGAGGUAAUCCGGCACCCAUGGACAUGCAAGGGCUAUGGCGACCUUGGCAUCCCCACCAGCUUUUUGCCUGAGCGCACGCCGCUGGUCUCGCCCGACCAGAUCGACCGCACUGUGGUUCGCGAAAUGUCGCAGUACAUCGGCUUUGGGUUUGGCACCGAAGAGGAGAUCCGCCUAGGUCUGGAGGCAAUUCUGACCGAAGAUUGGUACCGGUGCUGGCUGAAGGACAAGCUGAGCCCGCAGAUUGAUGUUGUUCGGGGACA